CAUUUCCAACCAUUGAGCCACGCUAUGGUUGUUGUGAAUGUGGAAAUUGGAAUAGCUUGAUACUCUAACCUUACACUUAACCUUUUCUCCCUAGUCAUCAAUCCCUUGUCUCUUCCUCCCAAAUGCUCAACUUUAUAAUCAUGCAUACCUUUCAUCUUUCUUUCCCUCGUACCAUUACCAAACAAUCCUUAUCCCACUCAUUAUACCAGCAAAUCACAAUCAGAUCACAGCUAACACACAUUUCUUAAGUUUUGGGAGAGGUCAAGCGAUCAAGCGCGUGACAUAUCGAAGGAAGAAGAUGUCGGAUUGGGGGCCGGUUUUCAUAGCAGUGCUUUUGUUUGUACUGUUGACACCAGGACUGCUGAUUCAGAUGCCGGGAAAGAGCCGGUUUGUGGAGUUCGGAAACUUUCAGACGAGUGGAGUGUCCAUACUGGUUCAUUCCAUAAUCUACUUUGCUCUCAUUUGCAUCUUCUUAUUAGCCAUUGGUGUCCACAUGUAUUUUGUUUUUGAGGACGCAACAAUGGCGGACUGGGGCCCAAUACUGAUAGGGGUGGUGCUGUUCAUCCUGCUGCAACCGGGGCUGCUCUUCGCUUUACCGGGAAACAGCAAGCAGGUGGAGUUUGCGCACAUGAAGACCAACGGCAAGGCCAUAGCUGUCCAUACUCUCAUCUUCUUCGCUCUGUACGCCAUUCUCAUCCUGGCCGUCCACGUCCACAUCUAUACCGGUUGAUCCGGUACCGCUACCCUCCGCCGCUUUGGAUCUCAUAUGUAUGUUGGUCUGUCUCUCUUCUGGGCUGGCUUGUUGUAACUUAGUAUUUGUACAAUUUUCUUUUGAGCUCCAUAUAAAUGUAAAGCACAAAUCUGUUUUCUGACUUGAAGAAGAAGAUGCAGCUGCUUGCUUAUGAAUUCUGCUCUGAUCUGAGAUAUGAGAAACCCCUUUUUUUAAAUUAAA